UCUACUUACCACACUAUUAUUUUACAAAACACCGUUUUCAUCAAUACGUUGAUUCAUUUGACACUUUUGUGUGUACCCCGUGUGUGCUUACAUAUAUAUGUAUAAGGUCGAACAGGGUUGCAAAAGAACGCAUAGCAUGACUUUAUGAACUAAAAUAUCUUGUCGAGCAGUUUGGAGCAGUUGUAUUAUUUAGAGAAGCAUACUGCAGUAUCACCGAAAAGGUUUUAUUUCCAGGAAAUACGAAUCAGUUAAACGUGGUUAAACGAUAUGGAAGUUGACGAAAACAACACAGCGGCUCCGUCGGAGACACCGAUGGAAGUUGAUGAGGAUAAUGCUGAAAAAAAUUCUGGCCCUUCGGCGAAUUCAUCGAGUGCUAUUAAAGUGAUGGCAUCCUCGGGUACUGUUGGAUCUGUUUCUAUUAGUCUUCAUCCACUUGUUAUAAUGAAUGUCAGUGAACAUUGGACCCGGCUUCGUGCUCAAGAAGGAUCAGAUCAAUUGGUGUAUGGUGCACUGAUUGGUAAACAAAAAGGACGUAAUAUAGAAAUUAUGAACUCUUUUGAACUUAUGUUCACAUGUAUUGGAGAUGAUGUUAUAAUAGACAGAGAUUAUUAUAACACCAAGGAGGAACAGUUUAAACAGGUGUUCAGCGAAAUGGAUUUUUUGGGCUGGUAUACAACAGGGGAUAUGCCCAAUGAAAGGGACAUCAGAGUGCAUAAGCAACUUUGUGAGAUCAAUGAAAGUCCUGUAUUAUUGAAACUUGAUCCAAGACCAAAAAAUACCGAUCAAUUGUCUAUUUCUAUGUAUGAAUCGGUGAUUGACUUAGUUAAUGGUGAAGCCACAAUGUUAUUUGUUCCCUUGACUUAUACAUUGGCUACAGAGGAGGCAGAAAGAAUCGGUGUUGAUCAUGUAGCAAGAAUGUGUAGUAAUGAUCAAGGGGAAAGUUCCUUAGUUGCGGAACAUUUGACUGCACAGCACAGCGCUAUAAAAAUGCUACAUUCACGAGUGAAGCUAGUAUUGAAAUAUGUACAAGCGGUACAGAGUGGUGAAUUGAAAGGAAAUCAUGAAGUUUUAAGAGCGGCGUGUUCUUUGGGACAUCGAUUACCAGUUUUAAAUAAUGCCAAAUUCAAAGCUGAUUUUUAUAAUCAAUGCAACGACUUUGGUCUGAUGAAUUACCUUGGUAUCAUAACAAAAGGUUGCAACAAUAUCAAUCAGUUUGUUAAUAAAUUCAAUAUUUUGUACGAUAGACAAGGGGUGGGCCGCCGUUUGCGAAGUCUCUUUUUGUGAUGAGUGAAUAGAAGCCAUUGUUUUUUAUA